CGAUACUAUUGGAGGACGAUGGACACCACGGGUUCUGAUACUCACAGCCCACACACGCGCCGCCGGAUCGAUGUGCGCGCUCACCAUGACCAGGCCAUUCCCGUUUAUUGCGAGGGUUGUUCAAGGUCCAGAAGAGACCUGCCGCGGUGCGCUGCACUGAUCGCUCGACAGUCGGCACCCUUGUAGAGCGGAAGAGCAUGCGGGGUCAGGCUCCCAGGAAACUUUCAUCCGUACGCAGCCUCCCGUGUCGAGCGCGGCAUCCGUGGACGUCGUGCACACGGACGCGACCUGCGUCCAUUCUCGACUCUCGUAGAUGAGUUCGGGCUGCGACAUGAGUGGAGAACGAUGGACACCGCGGGUUCUGGCGCUCACAGCUGUAUGACACCCGUACGCGCAUCGAUGUCCACGUGAACGAUGAAUAGGUCACUUCCGCUUAUUGCGACACUUCUUCGAGGUCCAGAAGAGACCUAUUGCAGUGCGUUGAUCAUCAGACAGUCAGCCCGUCAUCGAAAAGAAGAGCGUGCUCAGGGCCAGGCUCCCGGAGGAACCUCAACCCGCA